UCCGCACUGAAAACGAUCUCGGCCGCCACUGCGUCACCAAAGAGGGCCCUAACGAAAGCCGCUGUCACUGCCACCGUCCAGCACCAGCAAACCCGGGACUACCAUGAAGUUACCGGCGACAUCAUUAGCCCCUCGAUGAUCCAAGGGAUCGAUCACUUGCGUGAUCCACGGCUGAACAAAGGUUUGGCCUUCACCCUUGAGGAGCGCCAGGUGCUGGGCAUCCACGGGCUGCAACCCGCCCGGUUCAAGUCCCAGGAUGAGCAGCUGGAACUGUGCCGAAUCUCGAUCUCGCGCUACCAGGAGGAUCUCAACAAGUACCUUUACCUGGUGGACCUGCAGGAUCGUAACGAGAAGCUGUUCUUCAAGUUGAUCUCCGAAGAUGUCGAGCAGAUGAUGCCGAUCGUCUACACGCCCACUGUGGGGCUGGCCUGUCAGAAGUUUGGGUUGAUCUACCGACGACCCCGAGGUCUAUUUGUCACGAUCAACGAUCGUGGCUACGUCUACGAAGUCCUUCGUAACUGGCCAGAGCACGACGUGCGUGCCAUCGUUGUAACAGAUGGGGAGCGUAUUCUUGGUUUGGGUGAUUUGGGAGCUUGCGGAAUGGGUAUCCCAGUCGGUAAGCUCGCGUUGUACACUGCCUUGGCUGGAAUUCCACCACACCAGUGUCUUCCGAUUGUAAUUGAUGUCGGAACAAAUAACCAGGCCUUGCUGGAGGAUCCUUUGUAUGUAGGACUCCGGCAGAAGCGUGUUUCUGGUAAGGAGUACGAUGACUUUAUCGAUGAGUUUAUGGAGGCGGUAGUGAAGCGGUACGGUCAGAAUACGCUGAUCCAGUUCGAAGAUUUUGGCAACCACAAUGCAUUCAGAUUCUUGGAUAAAUACCGGGACACGUACUGCACCUUCAACGAUGACAUCCAAGGCACGGCUUCGGUGGCAGUAGCAGGACUGCUGGCAUCAAAGCGAAUCACCGGCAAGAAGAUUUCGGAAAAUACUUUCUGCUUCCUGGGAGCAGGAGAAGCUGCCAUCGGUAUCGCCGAUUUGGUGGUCAAGGCCAUGCAGACAGAAGGUUGCGGACUACAGGAAGCUCGCGACAAGAUCUGGUUGUUCGACAUUGACGGCCUCCUGGCUAAGGGUCGUCCGGAAGGCCGAUUGGGUGGCCACAAGGCAUUCUAUGCCAAGGACCAUAAGGUGAUGAAGAACUUUGCCGAGGUGAUCAAUGAAGUUAAGCCGUCUGUGCUGAUCGGUGCAUCGGCUGCUGGAGGAGCCUUCACACCGGAGAUUCUGCAAACCAUGGCCAAAAACAAUAAACGACCUAUUAUUUUUGCUCUUUCGAAUCCAACGUCGAAAGCCGAGUGUACCGCACAAGCAGCCUACGAAAAUACUGAGGGCCGUUGUAUCUUCUCAUCGGGAUCUCCAUUCCCUCCAGUUCAGUUCGGUGGUAAGACCUUCAGUCCCGGUCAAGGCAAUAAUGCCUACAUUUUCCCGGGUGUUGCCUUGGGAGUUAUCGUCACCGGAACCCAUCACAUCCCAGAGGACAUGUUCCUGAUUGCUGCUCAGGCUGUGGCCGACCACGUGUCACAGGAAGAUCUGGACAAGGGUUCGCUCUACCCACCUCUAGGCUCCAUUCAGGACUGUUCUCUUGAAAUCGCCGUCGGAGUCACCAAGUAUGCCUACGAGAAAGGUCUCGCCUCGACAUACCCCGAACCACAGGACAAGCUGGCGUACAUCAAGUCUCAUUUGUACAACUUCAACUAUGAAAGUGCCAUGCCCGUUACCUGGAAAUGGCCCCCACAAAAGGAAGCUCCUACUCGCCCCAUCACCCCUACCAAGCUGCAGGCAUAAGACCUUGGCUCAGUUUCUCAAGUGCAGCCAAUAUUCUCUUCUGUCGGACGACAUGAGGUCGAUUGAGGCUGCUCAAGCUCAGUAACGACAUUUCAUCAGGUUUUUCAUUCGAAAAAAAAAUUCGCACCGAUUGUGAUACCAACGCUGAUUAACGCUAAUCGACUAGAAUUACGUGUAAAAUUGCUCUUUUAUCAUUAUCAAAAGUAGGCCAAACGCGCUCUACUGCAAACCAUUGGAUGUUCCUCUUGAAAAGCAAAAGCAUGAAGAAAAAUGUGGAUAGAUUUUUUCCUACUUUACUCCAAAGAUCUACUACUCAGAAGGACAGUUCGAUCACCAACCAACACAGUGGGCGACAAUUAGAUUAGCUAUUAUUAGAGGCACGGCAGCAGAUAUGAGCGAACAAAAAAGGAAGCUGCAACAACAUUGUUAUAAAAAAACUAAACCCUUGAAAAAUAAGAGAAGGGAGGAAUGCCUCCCAAACAAAAGCCGUACUGAAUUAUCACCUAGUAGGACAUUUAAGUUUAAAGAUCUGUUGGAGGGAUUCGAUGAAAUGAAGACAAAGUUGAAUAUCAUUUAUCCAACCAACAACGAUUCGUGACUACAAUAAAAUUGUGUUACCCUUAAAAAA